AUGGCAAGCAAAGUAGUUUACACGAUCGGCAGCAAUGUCGUCCCUGUAGGAAAGAAAUAUACACAACAGAGCAAAGGUCUGUACGAAAGAAUACGAGCCUUUUUCGCCAUCGAACCCAACCGAAGCAACGGUAUCCCCGUGAAGCACUACCGCACUCCAGCCCCAGGCAGCCUCGAUCCGAAAGAAUACGACGAUGCCACCACCACACCUGCCUCAGACAUCGCAGACAACCCAUACUGGCGACGAGACAUGCGGAGAAGCUACCCAAAAUCGAGCACUCUUACUCAAGGAGAUGUCGUGGGACUUCUGACCAUGGGAAGCGCAGAUAAGCCUAGCCCGAAGCUGCUGGCGGGUGAGGAGGGUACAAAACAGCUGGUAGCAGUACAGCAAGAGGGCGAGCAGGGACUCGCAGUAUACUUCGAGAAAGAAAAGGCUGCGGCUAUUCUUGGUGAAGGCGGUAUGCCUCCUAUGCCACCGGCUGCGGGUAAGAAUCCAGAUGCGACAAAGUACAAUUUACUCAAGGAGCAAGCCUAUUCGGCGGAUUAUCCUUGCAGAGUCUUUGUAUAG